AUGGCUCUAGAUUUUAGUGGUUUUCUUGCUGGAAUAGCAUCGAUUGUUCAUAUUGUUUUCUUAUCGGUUGUUAGAUAUUUUAUCAUAGUUCAUCCGUUUAGAAGCUAUGUUCUUCUUACUAAUUUACGUGUCAUCUUUGUGACAAUUGGAAUCUGGGCGUUAAGCACUGGAAUCGCUGUUCUAUACACCUAUGCUGUACUCAUAAAAGGAUCCGAAGAUACUAGACUUGAAGAAACAACAAACCUCGUUUUAACGAUUUUAUUUUCCGUUCUCCCUGUUCUCUUUAUAACAAUUUUGCAUGUUUUGAAAGCAAAAGUUCUCAUUAAGUCCAUUUCAAACUGUUCGCAAACUGUACGGAACAUGUCACGUGUUGUUACAAUUAUCCUGACUAGUUUCAUUAUAACGACAACACCAUCUAGCACAAUUGACAUUAUGAUCAUAUCAUUAGGAUACCAUUACACUAAAACGCGAUGGUUUUUUAUUACAUCACAAGUAGCAAAAAUAUUGCUAUUUUUAAAUUUUACUGUAAACCCAUUCGUUUAUUUUGUGAAUUCAAUUCAGUUUCGAAAAAGUUUUAAAACAUGUUUCGGAAGAAAUGGACACAGUAGAGGUGAUACUACACAUACAAGUAACAUACAUGCUUCGAAUCGCGAACGCUCCUUGUCUAACUUAUCUUUAUCGAGAUCACAGCAGAUACAAUUGGUAGAAUCAACCAGACUUUAAUUACACGGAUAAGAUUUUUCUAUACUAUGUUCAAUUUUUCUUAUCAGUCCAUAAAAACUAAGUACUGAAUUUUAAAGUUUAUAAAACGAAUGGUGGCAAGCAGAGACCUUUUAUUGUAAACGCAU